GACGUACGUCGUCGCGCAUGCGCGUCCCGUCGUCUGUGUUUUCCGCUGCGCCGCUUGUGCAGAGAAACAUGGCGACGUCCCUGAUCUGCGGCCGGUUGUCCGCUGGACUAAGAAAUUCCGGCUCUAGGACAACUUUGAGCUCGGCAGCGAAGGUGCUCGGUGGGACAUCGGGUCUAUUUGGUAACCAUGGGAACCAGCCGUCUCCGAUGCUGUGUGGGCAGCAGCAGAGAAACCUCUCUCUGCAUGAGUACAUGAGCAUCGGGCUCCUGAAAGAGGCGGGCAUCUCUGUGCCCGCUGGUAUGGUGGCCAGCUCGCCCGAAGAGGCUUAUGCUGUUGCCAAACAGAUCGGUUCUAAAGAUCUGGUGGUGAAAGCACAAGUGUUGGCUGGAGGUCGAGGCAAAGGUUCCUUUGAAGGAGGAUUGAAGGGUGGAGUCAGAAUUGUUUACUCGCCAGAAGAAGCGAGGGACAUCUCCUCAAAGAUGAUUGGAAAGAAGCUGUUCACCAAGCAGACGGGGGAGGCGGGCCGCAUCUGUAACCAGGUGUUCAUCUGCGAGCGCAGGUACCCGCGCAGAGAGUAUUAUUUCGCCAUCACCAUGGAGAGGUCAUUUCAGGGCCCCGUGCUGAUUGGCAGUUCUCAGGGGGGCGUGAACAUUGAAGAUGUGGCUGCAGAGAAUCCCGACGCCAUCGUGAAAGAGCCCAUCAACAUCAUGGAGGGAAUAAAGAUAGAACAGGCCAUCAAGGUGGCGGAGAAGAUGGGCUUUCCUCCCGCGCUGAUCAAUGAAGCUGCAGAAAGCAUGUUGAAGCUCUAUGAUGUGUUUUUAAAGUAUGACGCAUCAAUGUUGGAGAUCAACCCGAUGGUUGAGGACUCAUCCGGCAUCGUGAUGUGUAUGGAUGCCAAGAUCAAUUUUGACUCAAACGCUGCCUAUAGACAGAAGAAAGUGUUCGACAUGCGGGACUGGAGCCAAGAGGAUGCCAGAGACAGGGAGGCAGCCAAAGCAGAUCUCAACUACAUCGGCCUGGACGGCACUAUUGGCUGUCUGGUCAAUGGUGCUGGACUCGCUAUGGCAACAAUGGAUAUCAUCAAACUGCACGGUGGAAUUCCCGCCAACUUUCUGGAUGUAGGAGGCGGAGCCACAGCACAGCAGGUGACGGAGGCCUUCAAGCUCAUUACCUCUGAUAAAAAGGUUCAGGCAAUUUUGGUAAACAUUUUUGGGGGCAUUAUGAGGUGUGAUGUCAUCGCCCAGGGCAUCAUCAUGGCUGUCACUGACCUAGACCUAAAAAUCCCCAUCGUGGUGCGGUUACAAGGAACACGUGUGGAUGAUGCCAAAGCGCUGAUCGCCGCCAGUCCUCUGAAGAUCCUGGCCUGUGACGAUCUGGACGAGGCAGCUAAAAUGGUUGUAAAGCUUUCUGAAAUUGUGUCGUUGGCCAAGGAGGCCCAGGUGGAUGUCAAGUUCCAGCUGCCCAUCUAACAGAACAAUCCUAUGAACCACAGUACCAUUAAACCAUCUCCUAUAAACUGAACCCUGUCUCAGAUCUCCAACAGAGUUCUUCACAGCCCUGUGUCACGGUCCGGCUUCUGUCAGUUGUUGUCAUCCCGCAGUUCCUGUCCUUCAGUUUCACCAGCGCUUACAGAAUGCAAACGCUCACGUGUGUGCAUGGUACCGCUUCCAUUUCACCCCAGCCCAUGGGACAUGUCCGCUAGCAUACUGUGGGUUAUUUUGGUCCGUUGGUUUAGGUGGGGGUCAGUGUUACUGCCUACUGUAAACUGUUGUCAAUGUUUUUUGUUUCCUUCAGUGGAGAAUGUAUUUAUGUGGGACUGUAUUUAUACUGUCGAAAUGGGGAUCCGACUCUUUGGAUAUAGAGCGUCACUGGCACACUUACUAUACACACAGAAUCUGUAAAAGAAAAUCCCACCCCCCUCUCUCUCUCUUCCUCUGCUUUCCGUCGGGAGCGCGUGUCGCUGCAGGACGUCCUCUUUGUUCUCCUGAAGAGAAAUGCACCAAUUCCCUUUCAAACAAACACAAAAGCACUCUUAGGGAAUAUGUGUGUUAUUAGUGUGCUAUAAGUGUGAUAUAGAGCCGCCUGCGCAGCACAGAAACAAUAAAAAACCACACAAACGUC